CGAGGUGAACGAAGUGUAAAAGAUUGCUCAACUGAAUUUAAUUUACAACAUUCAAUAAGUAAUCAUAGCGAUGUCAAUGCAUAUUACACACUAUACUCAGAUAUUGAUGGUGAUGAUGAAGAGGACGAUGAUGAUAAUGAUAGUUCGAUAGCGAAUAUAUGCAUCGAGCAGACGAUAGCAGAAAUUAAUCAUUCAAAAUCGCCUUCGAUUACAUCAUCACAAGCAACAUUGUCGAAAAGUGUUAGCAGUUCAAUGACUGUGCCACCAGAAUCGCCACAGUAUCCAGUUAACGAGCCACAUCCAUUCUGUUUACCCACAUCAUCGACAUCCACCUCAUCCAUGUACGCCAUACGCACACCAUCGCCGAUAAGAUUUCGUCUCUUGGAGUCACCAUGCUCCGAAAUCGAGUGCAAUACAAUUACCGAAUUGGUCGAGAUACAUUGCCCGCCGACAAUACCAUACGAUAUAACGGCAAACGUGCAACAUUUAUCGAUUGAUGGUCAAAGUGAUGUUGGAUUGAAUGGCAUAGAUGAUGCUCUGAGCCAGAAUACUGCUAAUAAUAAUAAUAACAAUAAUAAUAAUAAUAAUAAUACAUCCUGUUCAAUGUCCUCCACUUUAACGGAUAGCAAAACUGUUGAUGUGCGUACACCGAUAGUAGUUUAGACUUGAGUUAAUAAUACAAGUAAUGCAUAUUUAGAAAACAAAUACAAGUAAUGCGUAUUUAGAAUAUUAUCUGUUUGAAGGCUUGUAAUUGUUGUAGUAUUGAUGUUAAAUUGAAAUUUAGUUCGAAAUAGCUUUGAGGUUUUCACAGAGUAACAGAAAUGAUGCAUCCAUACAUAACCUUAAAAAUUGGUUAGUUUAGCUUAAUUUAAAGAAAAAAGGUACAGCUGAUCGAGUUAUUGAAUGAAUAGGGCCGACCUUGUGUUUAUGACGAAUACUGGCGCUAAGGUACAGCAAAUAAUGACUACUGCGGAAACAAAAAUUUAGUAUAACGGUUAAAACUAUGUACACUAAAAACUAAACCUGUUUCAAACAUAUUUGCUUUAAAUAACUAAAUUAUCAAUAUCUAUGUAACGGAAAUGCUUGUAACAGAGGCUUUUUAAUUUUGAUAAUAUCACACCGUUGAGUUAAUUUUUGAGAAAAAAACACAGAAAAUUCAAUUUUAAUGGGGAAUGUUUAUUAUCAGAUUUAUAUUUAGACUACAUAUCCCCACUAGGUCUAACGGUGUGAUAUUAUACAUUCUUUGUGGACAAUCGACUGGUCCAAAAUGUGAAGUUAUCUGCUCAACGAAGUUUACUCUCAAUAGAUCCAAUGAUUGAUGCGACAAACAACUGAUCGUAUAGACUUGAAACUAGGAAGUUGUGUUAUGCGUAUGACGUGUACACCCAAUAAGAGAGAAUUUUCUGGCAAGUGGACCUAAGCCCGAUUUAUACGAAAAAUUUGUUUUUAUUGUCUGAUUUAUAAAGAAUUGGAUACAGCAGUAGCUUUAGGUUCAAUUUACCAUUGAGAACACUUUUCCUUCCGGGAAGGGAUCCCUGGACUUACCUAUUCGAAACAUUUUUAUUAUUCGCUUUAGGGGUAGAUCAGGGGUAUCUUUAGGCCAAAAGUUAUAUGGGAAGCGCGCCUGAAUGUAGGUUGCCUUUUGCCAAGAUCACUACGACGAGAACUUUUCUUUCUGGAUGUGAGCAAGGGGUCGCUCAGUUUGGAAAAAACGUAUUCAUAAUUCGAUUUGCAUGAUAUCUGGAACAUUGGAACAUAGAUAGCUCUAAGCUCUAUGUCUAGACUAAUAUGAAGAAAACUUUUAUUUCUUUUUCACAUAUUAAAUUAUGUUAGUUUAUAAAGACGCAACGUCUAAUAAGAAACCUAAUGAAACAAUUUCAGAAUUCCAUGCGGAGGAAGUCGCGGACAACCUCUAGUACAAUAUACAUGAUAAAACUGAUUGGAAUUCAUUUCGUUUUUGAUUAUUUUAUGUUAAGUUAAUGGAGUAAUUUUUUUUACUUAUGGUUUUAUUUUAGAAAAUAAAUAUUCUUGCGCUGAUUUCAAUGAAUCAAGGUGAUAUUAAUUUCAUACCUGCAAUUCAAAGGCAGUUAAACGGCUUAAUCGCUAUUCGACAGGACAAUUUUGUUCGGUGAAAUAUUUUUUUUGUAAAAUGAAUAAUAGUUAAGUCAGCAAAAAAAAUUAUUUUCGUUAUAUUCUUAUUUUAAAUAUAUGUAUGUACAUAUAUAUAAUUCCCAAAAAAAAAAAUAUAAUAAUAUAAUAAUAUAACAAACGAGUUUAUGAAUGUGUAUUAAGCGUAAAUCGAAUAUUUUUUUCACAAAUAGUAGAAAAUAACUUGGAAAAUGUAUGGAUGCAUCAUACUUUGUACAAAAAACGUAAUUUAUUUAAUAUUAAUUGUCGUAUAUAACAAUUUUCUAUAUUUAUGUAUAUAUUUUUGCUAUUUUUUUUUAAUUAAUUACCUCAAUUUUCUUUUACCAAUACUUACAAACCCAACCAAUAAAAUAUAAUUUAUUUUUAUAAUUUCAAUUGAAUUACAAAAAAAAAAUUGCAAUUUAUUGCGGGUUAGAGAUGUGAAGUUGGGCGAUUUUUUCACUUCGUGAAAAUACAAAUUAAUGGGAUAGAAAAAUGUUAGAAAAUUGUUAAUUCUUUAAUGAAAUUGUAAAGCACAGCAUGUAGAGUAAGCUAGUUUGAAAACUGAACUUCAUUAGUACGAAAGUUUUUUUUCAUUAUUUAUUAUACAUAUAUACAUACAAAAACAAUUUAUCAAUAUUAAUCUUAUCUCAAAUACUGCACUUUAUACAAUUUUUUCCUUCAUUAUAUAAAGCAAAACAAUAUUUUCAAUUUAUCUUUGCAUAUUUCAUAAAAAAUGGUAUGAGUAAAACCGAACGGUAGGUUAGAUAAGUAAGUAAUGUAUGUAUGUAUGCCUAAAGGAAAACAAAAAAAUGUUGGUAAAUGUAAGCAUUUGAUGUACAAUACUCUUUGACCAAUAAAUUCGAAAGAAAUGAAAAAUAAAAU